AUGAGCUCAGAAGUGGUGUCUAUUCGAUACUUGGAUGAAUCCCGAGGUCGUGGGCUUAUAGCGGAAGUGGACUUUUCACCGGGAGACAAAAUAAUUUGCUUUCCUUGCGAUAUCGCCGUAUUAUAUACCCCGUUUGUUCGUAAUACUUGCUCUCGUUGCUUUGAACCAUCUCCAGAAGAAGAAGAAGAAAAAGAAAAAGAGAAAAAUGAAGAGAAUAAAGAUAAGAAAAGUCUUCGAUAUGAAUGUGCCUCUUGUAAACAUCUCGUAUUGUGUUCGGAUUGUGUAAAGGAAUUGGUUUCACAGGUUCAAGAAUUAUCAUCUUGUGAUGUUUCUAAUAAUAAUAAUAAUAAUAAUAAUAAUAAUAAUAAUAAUAAUAAUAAUAAUAAUAAUAAUAAUAAUAAUAAUAAUAAUAAUCCUCUCUCACCAUCUCAAGCACAUGCGUUGAUUAAACAACAACAUCGUCUUCUUCAAGCACAUCGUAUUGCGUGUGAAUGGUUUUGUGAACUUCCCGAAUCCGCAAGGGAAGGUGAUACAGAUUAUUUGCGUUUUGCACUAGAAGUGGCCUCGCGUACACAUCUAGCUGACACUCGACUUAAAGUAGCCCUUGAAAAUCUUUGUAUAAAUGCUGGAGAACAUUCGAAAGAGAUCCGUCAGUUCUUUGAUUCCUUUGCAAGUAGAGUGGUAAGUAAGUUUAAGCCACUGGGAUUCGAUAUGGAGGUGGGUUAUCUUUCUGAUCUCUUCAUGCGGACAAAAUUCAAUAGUAUUGGGUUUCCUUUUAAUGAAGAGGAGAUACUUGGUUGGGCUUUACAGGAAGAGUUGUGUAUGAUUAAUCACAGCUGUAUUCCUAAUUCUGCGAUUGUACGGUCAAACCGAGAAGAAACAACAAAUAAAGAAACAAAAUCAACAGUAAAAAGAUCUAGAGACUGUUGUAUGGAACUUGUGGCACGCCUCCCUAUUAAAGCAGGGGAAGAAAUUACAAUGUCUUAUAUUGAUGUUGAUGCUUACGCAGGUAAUGCGAAGGCACGAUCUCAGCAUCUGCUGGAAAACUAUGGGUUUCUGUGUAAAUGUGAGUUGUGCUUACCUAGCACUGCCAAUAAGAAAUGA